AUGCGCCUUCCCGUUCCUCGCGUUCGCCUCUUCUCGUCCUUUCACUACCUUGCCUCUGCUCGCUCCGUGCACACAUCGCACCCGCGAUCUGCCUCUCCACCCUCCGACCCGCAUCGUGCACAACGACUGUCCGAGCUGCGACGCAAGUUCUCGCAGCCCCCACUUAGACCCGCCAUGUCGUUCCAGCCGCUGUACAAGUACGUCGACCGCGACACGCUCGCCGAGACGGUGCGCAAGCACGCCGCCGACCCAGCCCAGCGCGAAGUGGCGAUCGUCGAUGUUCGAGACGACGACUUUGAGGGCGGCAACAUCAAGGGUGCGCGCAACCAUCCGUCUGCCAACUUUGCGGACGAGGUGCAGGAUCUAGUGUACGGCCCACUCAAGGAGUACAAGCAGGUCAUCUUCCACUGCCACCUCUCACAGCAGCGUGGGCCCAAGGCGGCAGGGCAGUACGCACAGGCUCGUCAGGCCGCCGAGGCGGACACCGAAAAGGACAGGCUGCCGGAACAGCAGGUGCUCGUCCUCCGUGGCGGCUUUAGCGAGUUCCAGGACAAGUACAAGAAAGAUGCUGCAGUGGUGGAAAAGUUCGACGAGUCCAGUUGGCAGUUCCGCAACUAA